AUGAUCCUCAGCCCAGCUACAGCCAAGUUAUGGAGGAUAAAUGAGCAGGGAAGAGAAUGCCGUGCUGUUGCUCCUGAGCAGCUGAUGAGGAAUAGUUUGCACAGAGUGAAUACACUCAGAUACUGCUUCUUUGCUGUUCCAAUUCUCAGUGUUUCACUUCCAUUUGUUUUCUACUCUGUUAGCGUGCAUGCACAAAAAUGUCUUAUGAGGCUGAACUUCUCAGUGAGUUCAAUUUUAGUAGAAGCCUGUAAAGCACUUAAUGAAGACAAGGUGUCCUUUCUGAAGGAAAGGUGAUGUUUAAAAACAUCAUUCAGAGAAUCUAAUUGCACAGAGUACAUAACACAGAACAACUACAUCACCUGUGCCCUCUCAGCUGAGGAGGUUGUGUUCCUUGUUGCCUACACCAUGACACUGAACAAAGAGUUCAAGACCUUCCAGCAGCUCUUCAGGGACCUGUACAUGCCCCAAAACGUCUACUGUGUCCACAUGGACGCCAAGGCACCAUUUCUGGUGGUGGUGCAGCACCUGCUGGGCUGCUUUGCCAAUAUCUUCAUAGCCUGCCAGGUAGAAAGGAUGGUCUACAGCAGCAUCUCCUGGCCGCGGGCUGAUCUUGUCCAUGACCUGCAUGGGGAAACUGCACAGGGAUGGGGCCAGGCACAAAACCUCGGGGCUAGUCACCCUCCAGAUGUGUGCAAGCCACCCCUGCCACACAACCUGACCAUCUGCCUUGGAUCUGUGUACAUGGCUACCACCCGACCCUUUGUGGAGUUUGUGCUCUAGGACCAGCACACUCUUGAUCUGCUGGUGUGGUCUGGGGACAGCUACAGCCCUGACAAGCACUUCUGGAUGAUGCUCAACAGGAUCCUAGAUAGGAAAUCAAGAUACAGUCCUUCACAAACUCCAGUGGACAACAGCUCUUCAAAAACUGCUGCAACAUAUGUCACUAUCAUUCGUGAUUGGCUCGUCCUAGGCCAGCAGCAGGUCCAUCCUGGAGCUGGUUGGCAUCGGCUCUACCGGACAUGUGGGAAGCCUCUGGCAGCUUCUCACAGAACCCUGUAG